AUGGAAAGUUUACAAAGAAUGAUGAUGUCUCAAAGAGCAGGCAUGAUGGGAGCUAAUGCUACCGAGGUUCCCUUAGAUGAUACCAAGGAAACAGUUUAUAUUUCUUCGCUAGCUCUUCUUAAGAUGUUGAAGCAUGGUAGGGCUGGUGUUCCUAUGGAAGUUAUGGGGCUUAUGUUGGGGGAAUUUGUUGAUGACUACACUGUAAAUGUUGUGGAUGUUUUUGCGAUGCCUCAGUCCGGGACAGGUGUAUCUGUUGAAGCUGUGGAUGAUGUUUUUCAAGCCAAGAUGAUGGAUAUGUUGAAACAAACAGGGAGAGAUCAAAUGGUUGUGGGAUGGUACCAUUCGCAUCCUGGUUUUGGUUGUUGGUUGUCUUCAGUGGAUGUGAAUACCCAAAAGUCAUUUGAGCAAUUAAACAGCAGGGCUGUUGCAGUGGUUGUGGAUCCUAUUCAAUCGGUGAAGGGGAAGGUUGUUAUUGAUGCAUUUAGAUUGAUCGAUCCAUCUACGGUGAUGAGAAACCAGGAGCCAAGACAAAACACUUCUAACAUCGGCCUUAUCAACAAACCUAAUAUACAAGCGUUAAUUCAUGGUCUAAAUAGACACUAUUACUCGCUCAAUAUCGAUUACCACAAGACAAAGGCAGAAAUGAACAUGUUGAUGAAUCUACAUAAGGAACAGUGGCAAUCGGGUCUAAAAAUGCACGAUUUCAAGGAUAGGGAACAGCAUAAUUUGGGUGAAACUCAAAAGAUGAUCAAGAUUGCGGAACAAUUCACCAAGAGAAUUGAAGAAGAACGAGAACUAAGCGAAGAAGAGUUGAAAACACGCUACGUCGGUAGACAAGAUCCUAAAAGGCAUUUGGCAGAAACCGCUGAAAAACUUCUAGAGGAAAAUAUAGUAUCAGUAUUGACAGCAGGAGUGAACUCUGUAGCCAUUAAAUGA